CCUCAGCUGCCGUACUGCGUCACAUGUUGACUUGUGUUUUGCUAGCCCAUGCUAGCGAUAGCAUUUUACAUAAAAACAAAAUAAAAACACGAAGAGUUAUUGAGACGCUGUUUCUGUCGUCGUCGGUUAAUAACCCCAACACCCCCGUGUGUCGUGGGACUCAAUACACCCGUUUAAACGUGUCAUUUAUUCCGACAGAGCUAAUGCGGCUCGUCGCCUGUUCGCGGACCGGGAGGAGUUGACAUCUCACCGUUGGCUGCAGGUUAGCUAGCUACACAGUCAGCAGCACAGGAGCUGGACUAAAGAGAUGCGUCUAAAGGACCCGUUCUCUCUGAAAGCCGCCGACAUGACCAAGCGGACGAGUAAACCGAGGAAACCGCGAGACGAGGAGUCGUCAGACGAAGUCAGUGGGUUGACUUGCCAGCAUGUGAGUAAGGCAGUGGACCUGAGCUCGGUGAAGAAGUCGGUCCUCUCCAGUGUUUGGAUGAUGUGCUCCGAGUGCCUGAAGGAGAGGACCAUGAUCGACGGAGAGCCGGCGGCGGCGUCACAUGACGUCCUGGUGUGCUUAAAGUGUGGUUUCCAGAGCUGUAACCAGUCGGGGAUCCAGCACGCUGUCAAGCACUACCAAGCUUUUCAUCCAGAGUCUCACUGCAUCACCAUCAGCUUGAGCACAUGGAAGGCUUGGUGUUUUGAAUGUAACGAGGAACUCUCCACUCACUGCAACAAGAAGGCUUUGGCUCAGUCUCUUGACUUUUUACAAAAGCACUCUGUCAAGGCAACAUCAGCAGCAUCCCCCAAGAUCAUCAAGCUGCGAGAGGAAGCGUCAGGUAAUACCGAGUCGCCCAGAGGCAAGAGUCCAGGCACCAACAACACCUUGGUUCCCGUCAAAGGCAUCAAUAACCUUGGUAACACCUGCUUCUUCAAUGCCGUUAUGCAGAACCUCUCGCAGACACACAUGCUCAUUGAGCUCAUCCAGGAAGUGAAGGAGAAGGGGCACAAACUGAGGAUCUCCCCCCCUGUGGAGGCCAAUCUGAGUCCGUUGAUGGUAACGCUGCCCAAUCCAGAGCCCCUGACGGCGGCCAUGUUUCUCUUCCUCCACACCAUGAAAGAACCAGGGAAAGGCCAGGUCAAUCCCAAGAUCCUUUUCAAUCAGCUCUGUCAGAAAGCGCCGCGCUUCAAGGGCUACCAACAACAGGACAGCCAGGAGCUUCUGCAUUACUUACUGGACUCCAUACGAGUAGAAGAAACCAAACGGGUGAGGGCAGCCAUUCUAAAGACCUUCAACAAUCCCACGGAGAAGACGGCGGACGAGGAGACCAAACGCCAAGUGAAAGCAUACGGGAAGGAAGGUGUGAAGAUGAACUUUGUCGACCAAAUUUUUGUGGGCGAGCUGACCAACACAAUUAUGUGUGAAGAGUGUGAGCAUAUCUCCACUGUGAAGGAGGCUUUCAUUGACAUCUCGCUACCCAUCAUAGAGGAGAGGAUGUCAAAACCAUGCAACACUGGCCGGCUGGGCAAGGGCAGCAGAGAGCAGGACACCAACUCGGCCCACGCUGACCAGGUUCUUUCUGCAGCAGGGCACUCCGUCAACCGGAACACCAGGAAGCUGAGUGGACAGAAGCCACAGGGCAGGAGGGCUUCGAUCUCCGCGGAGGAGAAGGGAGCCAGCUGUGGUGCCGAGCGACCGGAGGAGGAGGGGGUGGCCGGUGGAUCGGCUCGGGGGGUCACUGUUUGCAAGAUGGCCACUGCCGGCAGCCUGUCAGAUGGCAGUGAGAGAGACUCGGGUGCUCAGGACAGCAGUAAUGACGCUGACAGCGAGGCCUCAGAGAGCGAAUGGGCCCCACGCACCUUCUCCGCCAGCCACGGGCAUGGCCACGUGUCCCCGUCGUCCACUUCCACCCUCACUCCGUCCUCUACGCCGGUCCCUGCCUCCUCCCCCCCAUCAUCAUCAUCAUCAUCAUCAGCCUCCGCGAGGCAAGGUGGCGCCGUGGAACAGCUAGUUACCGCGGUGUCCAAAGUCAACCUGAGCUUCGGUCCCGGGGACGACUCACCCUCCACGCACUGUUCUCCGGAGGAGCAGGGAGAAGCACAGACGCGAGACAACCUCCACCAUCACCAGCACCACCACCACCACCACCACCAGGGAGCCUUCCAGGCGCUGUCCCAGAGCUACACCCCCAGCUCCAAGGAGUGCUCCAUCCAGUCCUGCCUGCACCAGUUCACCUCCGUCGAGCUGCUGAUGGGCAACAACAAGCUGCUGUGCGAGAGCUGCACCGAGCGCCGUCAGAAACAGCUGCGGAAGAGCAGCUUGGCUGAUAAGAAGGUGGAGAAGAUGUACACCAGCGCCAGGAAGCAAAUGCUGAUAUCCUCGCUGCCUCCAGUCAUCACGUUGCAUCUUAAACGCUUCCACCAGGCAGGGAUGAAUCUACGAAAGGUGAACCGCCAUGUCGACUUCCCUCUGAUCCUGGAUCUGGCUCCGUUCUGCUCGGCGUCCUGCAAGAACCUGGCGGCUGACGAGCGCGUCCUCUACAGUUUGUACGGGAUUGUCGAACACAGUGGCUCGAUGAGGGGGGGCCACUACACUGCAUAUGUGAAAGUGCGCUCCUCCCAGAGGAAAACGGACCAGCACCACAGGAACCUGGCAGGUGCGAGGGAGGCCAGUGGCAGCUCCCAGGGCCAGUGGGUGUACGUCAGCGAUACCACCGUUCAGACAGUACCGGAGUCAAGGGUACUCAACUCUCAGGCAUACCUGCUCUUUUACGAGGAAAUGCUGUAACGUGACCGGACGAAAGCAGCUUUUCCACAGAAAUCUGAUUUUUUUUCCUUCUUUUUUCGGUACAGCCUAUACAGAAACUCCUCUUACUGCACCUGUGAGUGGGUGAAGGGGAAGAAAAGGGAACGGCUUCACUCUACACUCACCAGUCGUAAUACAAACUUUUAAAAUCUAAAUCAGAAAUGGGCCCUUUUAAAUAUCUUAGAUCUUUGAAAAGAUUAGCAAACAGAUGUUGAAGUUAUUGUUUCCUUCUUUGAUAGAGUCUCUGUUUUUCAUUCAUAUUUCUAAAUUACACUUCAAAAAAAAAAAAGAUGGGUGAAAGAAAAAAAAAAGGGUUAUUGAACCCGAGCUGUUCCGAAUUUAUCGUCACGAUCACGUGCCUGAGAUAUGAACUGCAUGGAGGAGUUUUGCGACAGCAACUAACAGGAGACAAAGCGGAGGUGUUGCAUGCUCAACUGUGCUCAGCACUGACUAGUUGAUGUCAAUAGCGUGUGGGUGAGUGAUGUCGGGUGAGUGAGAGACAGGAGAGAAUGUAGUCUAAAGGUGCUGUGUGCGGCAUUUUUCUAAUCGGUACACGACUACAGAAAUAAACUAGCGUUGUUGGCGUGGUUAGCAUAAGAAACUCAGGAGCAGUUUAAUAAAUCCUGGCUCCUGUGUCAGCGCUCCACACAACAAGUUUUCACACUUGUGUGGCACUGACUCCGACAAACGGGCCUGAUGGUUGUCUGGUAAGAAACGGCAGCAGAACAAUGUUUUCAGACACGUUUGUCCUUUCCACUAAAGAUGUCGGAGCAUGAGUCUUAUCAGCGAUGACGGAGGUUAUGUGACUACGUUCAUACAUCUGAGAAAAUGGAGUGCAAACAUUACCAGCAGUGUUGUGUAGCGCACUAGUGAUGAUCGCCUCUGUCGUGGCCCUGUUUGUUCAUGACGACAAUGAAUAAAAAAAAACAAGUUAAUCACAUCGUACAUUGGUUUACACGAUGGACAUGGCUGGACACGGCACCUUUCAAAGAGGACGCACAACCUGUUAUUUUACAGCCUAUACUUUUAUCAUCUUCUUCUUCACAUCAGAACGUAUGAAUGUCAGACUAUCAGUCAGUAACAUUUUGCCAAAGAUGACUUUUGUGGCUGCACGUCAGAGCGGGAAAAAAAUCCAAACCAAACACACGAGGCGUUUACUUCACACACAGUUUCUUUAACUAUUUGUUCUCUCUAUCAGUAUCUGGACGACUGUUGUUUGACAUCGCUGCAGAAAACAAACAAAACUCGAUGCUCAUCAGCUCAACAAAGCACCUUGUUUGCCUUCCAUUGCAUUUCAGCCCUCCGGUAAACUCAUUAAGAAGCCUGACAGAGAGUCAGUACUGCAACGCUGUAAUCCUUUUUUAAAAUUCCCUAAUACCACCAACAAGGUGGAGCAAAAAGGAAAAAAAACAAAACAAAACUUCAAGGCUUCAAACCCGUGCAAGAAAAAAAAACAUCUUUGCUUGUCACGUGCAUGGGUUGAUGUUCUAAUGAAUGUAUGACUAUUCUUGAAAUGUCUGUCACAUCAUGAACUGUUUGUCUUUUUCUAUGAAAAUAUUUUAGAUGAAAAAACGUUUUGUUGUGUCUUGUUGGACAUUUUUGCCAAAACAGUGGAAGGGGGAAAGGUUUUAAAAAAAACAAAAAAAAACGUGUGCAUCAGAGUCGAGAUGUUUAUUUGUUUUCAUUUUGAAACGAGGACAAAUCCGUGUCUGGGCUUCAGGUUUAAGAAACCUGUGCACGGGGAGAAGAAAAACACAUGCAGAGUUUAAUACAAAGAGGCAUGUGUGGCAUAUUAAUGUACAGUGUAACUUACUGUAAGCUAAAAAAUAAUAAUGAGUAAAUGUAAUUGUACAUACUAGUAACAGAACAAAAUCAUGGUGCUUCAGGGUUGGUAUUUUUCCUUUAGACGGACUUUCGUUUCCAGAAAAAUCACAUUUAAUUUCAGCUUUGGAAAUAACAAACAUUUGGACCGAGUAGAACGACAUACUGUAUCAAAAAUAAAUCUAAUUUAUGAACUGAA